AUGGCUCCGACGAAGAAGUAUGAUGAAUAAUGACUGCGUUUGAUCUAUAUUGCUAGCCGUGUUGGAUGCGAAUCGUUUUUUAAUGUCGUCCAUAGAAAGAAGGAUGGGAUUAUAGUAACGUCCUUUAACAUGGACCACAGCCAUGACUCGCUGCCGCCUGAAAAGGUGGACACAGAAGAAGUUUUUAAGGAGCAUGGUUUGCAGGACUUCCGCACGCUAAGUCCGUCAUCUCCAAAAAGUUAGUUUGGCGACCACUUCCUAGCACGUGUUUUAGCACAAGAGCAAGCGCUGGUUCUGCGUGCACAGUUUAAAAGACUGAUGCAAAACGGCAUUUUUAAUAGCUAUGCAGACCUGAUGUCUACAAUAAGAAAGUAUGAAAAGGUAAGUGGAGAUACGGUUACCCUUUCAAAAAUUUCAGGCAGCCAACUCGAACUUCCGCAUUUCUCACAGUUCCAGGCUGCCACAGGACCACCCGGCAUAUAGUAGAGUGAAAUAUAGGUAUAUCUACUUUGCCUGUAUCCAUGGGGGCAAAUGUCGCGGAGAAAACAUGAUUCGGAGGACUAAGUAACCCUUUUCCAGUUAAGUAAUGACGUGUCAGGUCUAAGAGGUCUGGCUGCAAAGCUAGGUUCACUGCGGUAAAAGUUGGAAGUCAACUGCAUGUGAAAUCAGUUUACAUGCUGCACAACCACAUCUGUAACCGGAUGUUGGCAUCCACGUAUCCCAGAUUCCGCCGCUCGCAGUGCGAGACCAACCGGGGUCCUACCAAAAUGAUUACUCGGAUCAGGCCCUCUGCUUCUCGGUUGCCGUAUUUAAGAAGUACGCCAUGUCUUUUUUCGGAAACAAUUCUGUAGGUUCUUUCGAGACAGAUUGCAAAAUGGAGGACCUUAGUAACAGUUGCCGGCGCAUUUUGCCCUCUGACCCGUCAACAAUGAGGAUGACGGAAGCCCUGCAUAAAAUGAGGGGAGGCUGUCUCCCUGAUUUCCUCUAUGGUGAGGAAGGGCUGGAGGCCAUGUGCUUCACAACGCCAGCCUUAAAAACCGUGUUCGCUCAGUAUGCUAAGGUGGUGCAGAUGGACGGCACCUACCGUACUAACCGCCAUGGGUUUGCGUUGUAUCACAUAGUGAUAACUGACAAGCAUGGUCAUGCGCAGUCCGUGUUUUAUGCAUUCAUACUUAGGGAAACAGCCGAAACCAUCGAAUGGAUUAUUCGAAAGUUUAGGGAAGUGAUGGGCUCUGCUACCAAGGAAAUACGAACCAUUUUUAUUGACAAAAAUGCUAGAGAGUUAAGAGCUUUUAGACGCAUUUUUCCCGAAAUUGAGAUUUCUGUUUUAUUAUGUACUUCUAACGUAAUCCAAGCGUUCAGGCGCAAAAUCACAAAGUUAUAUCUUAAAGAGAAAGCUGACUCAGCGAUGCAUUUUGUCAAGAAGGCGGUGACAACUGUUAGUCGAGCAACGUAUAAGUCUGUGAUGAAGCACAUUGAGACGAAUUUUCCGGAACUUUGGUCCUAUGUCCAGGAAAAUUGGUUGUCUUGUGAGCGCAUGUGGGCCCACCAUGCUCGAGCGCGAGUUAUCACUUAUGGUGACGACACUACUAAUAAGACCGAGAGUAUCAAUCGAGUGCUUAAACAGUGGUGCAGGGGCAACAUGUGCCUGACAGAUUCCGUAACCGGUCUGGCAACCUUUCUACAGUCGGAGCAAGUCGACAGUGCAAGUUUGGAGACAGAAGAAUACUGCAAUCAUAGGCAGUAUACUGAUUGCCCCAAACACGUUGCAGCAAUAUGCCAGAGGUUGACAGCAUAUGCGUCAGAUGUACUCCUCAAGCAUCUUGAUAUUAACAAAGGAGUUGAAAGUAGUAGCGAGCGGGUGGACGUGUGUAGCUGUCGGUUCUUUUCGAAUUGGGAGCUGCCAUGUGUCCACAUAGUAAACUGCGUAGCUGCUAAAGGAGUUGACCCUCAGGUCGCUCUGACGGGCUGUAGAUGGUUGACAAUCGGGGAAGUACUUGAAGAUCCUGAAACUAGCGAGAAUCCUGACCUACAACCAGUUACCAGUUUUUUAUCAGAUGUGGUUCUGCCUCCAUUUACCGAGACGUAUAGGUACCGCGAAGCGAUGAAGCGUAUAGACCCCAUCCUUGAAAAACUAAAAAAUUGUGGACGAAGGCGCUUUGAUGAGUUGCUUCGUAAAUUGGACGCUUUCGUCGACGAAAUCGCAAAUGGUACUGAUUCCCGCGACCAGUCGCCGCCUUACUCUGUAAAGGCGCAGGAAGACAAAUGGGGUGUUGGCGAGGGUUCGGUGGCUAGUCGCUUUGUUGUGGGGUCAGGGGACAAUAUGUUGCGUGCACAAGCUGGAGCGGGACAUGAGCAGCCCGUUUUACGGCUACACAAUGACAGGUUGCUCCCUAUCUUUCCCAUCAGCAGUCGGCCUCGUCAAGCCGCCGACGAUACCACUGUUUGUGAUCAGGGAUCGUUCAUAUAACUGUUGCUAACUAGGCUGAUAAAUCGACUUCUGGCACACUAAUAGUCCCAAGAAUUAAUAAGUGAGGCAGUUUAUGUGGUCAGCAAAACUCCGCACUCAGUCAUCCAUCAGUUACUGUGAUAGUGGGCUGUCCGCCUGUCAUACCAAAAGGCUGCAAUAUGUAAAGAUUAUAAUUUUGUACUUUUUGCUUGCCGUGCGUAUUUCCUUGGUAGAAUGGCUCUGAUUUCCUACUUUAAAAUAUGUUGCACGGCAACGCAAUACCCAGCGGCAUCUGAGCGAACGUCUGUCUACCGAACCGGCAGCACACUCAUUGGUAAGAAGAGUAAAGUUAGGAGCAUCUCCCUCAGACACAGUCCUCGAGAGACAACCUGUAAAACGGACGUCCAAAAAGCGCCACUAGCGAAAGCAAUUUCUGCAUCUUUCAUAGAACGGUUAGUUCAUCUUUCAAUAACAAAAUCCUAUUUACAGGUCGUCAGGAAGGCGAAAGUACUCCUGUUCACAAAAUCUGCCGCAGAAUGACGGCAUGUUCUACUCGACGGAAAAUAAAGUGAAAAUCAGCAGAGACUUCUACACGUAUAUGUACGAAAACUGCCAUCAGACCGGAAAAGAGCGACGCAAACCACACAGAUGA